ACCUACGAUUUCAGGUUCAGGCCUUUUCUCUCUGCGUCCCCUCGGUUGAGGUCUUCGUGGCGCGCAUUUGCUGAGAUCGAUUGGACUGUAGUCUGCGAUGGCAACAACGAUGGCAACCCCAAUCCGCAAGAAACGCAACUUCAAAGCUCUUCAGCUCGAUGUUUCCUUGUCUGCGACGCCAAAGGACCCUGAGCCAGUUCCAACGAGAGUCGCACCACCGACGAAGGGCAAGAAACGUCCCCCACCCAUGACAUUGAAUGCCCCCAAGCUUGGGCAGGUACCUGCUGCCAAUGAUGCCGACGGAUGUGUAUUGCCGGUUGCGAAUAGCCUUCCAUCUGCACCGGGCACUGGUUCUGCGUCCGCACGCAGAAACAACUAUCAUACAACCCUCUCGAACACACUUGCAAACCUGGACAUGAACGCGGAAACGCGUUUUGACCUCCGCAACGAGGAUCUCAAGGACUUGACGGAACUCGGACACGGUAAUGGUGGGAGCGUCAAGAAGGUCGAACACAUCCCCACUAAGACCAUCAUGGCCAAGAAGAUCGUCCUUAUUGACGCGAAACCAUCCGUGCGCAAGCAAAUCCUCCGUGAACUUCACAUUAUGCAUGACUGCAACUCUCCAUACAUCAUCUCGUUUUACGGCGCGUUCCUGUCCGACCCCAACAUAUGUAUUUGCAUGGAGUAUAUGGAUAAAGGUUCCCUUGAUGGAAUCUACAAACGAAUCGGGGCAAUCGACUUGGAUGUGGUUGGCAAAGUUGCAUUGGCCGUGUUGGAGGGGUUAACCUACCUUUACGACGUUCACCGCAUUAUACACCGGGAUAUCAAGCCUUCAAACAUCUUGUGCAAUUCGCAGGGCCAAAUCAAGAUCUGUGAUUUUGGCGUUUCUGGAGAGCUCAUCAAUUCUAUAGCAGAUACGUUUGUGGGCACAUCAACGUAUAUGAGUCCCGAGCGUAUACAAGGCGCUCAAUAUACUGUCAAAUCCGAUGUCUGGUCACUGGGCAUUUCUCUAAUAGAGCUUGCAUUGGGCCGUUUCCCCUUCUCCGAAUCGGAUCCAGACGACUCUGAUUUGUCAGACUUGGAGGGAACGCUGUCACCGAACACGAUUGGCAUACCCAUGAAGAAAGACAGAGAUCAGACUGCGAAGAAGGACAAAAGGAAGAGCAAAGGUGUCAGCCUACAAGGUGGUGGCAUGAUGAUGAGCAUCCUCGAGUUGCUUCAGCAUAUCGUCAACGAACCUGCUCCUCGAUUGACUCCUGAAGGGCGGUUCCCGAAGGAAGCGGAAGACUUUGUGGACAGUUGUCUAUUGAAAGAUCCCGACGCACGAAAAACACCGAAAGAUCUUCUGAAACAUGCCUGGAUAGAACAGGCACGGGCGUCGACCUUUGACUUGGAAGCUUGGGCAAGCACGUUCUGAGCCGGCCUCCCUAUCUGUUGUACGGUCCCUUAUUGACAUCCAUCUUCGAUUACA